UGUGAUCGGCUCUUGGCCCUGCCGUGAGUUCUCAGUGCGGGCGACAGCGCUGCUGAACAUGGCGUCAGACRGGAUGAUUUUAACAAACCACGACCACCAAAUCCGUGUCGGAGUCUUGACAGUGAGUGACAGCUGUUUUAGGAACCUGGCAGAGGACCGCAGUGGAAUCAACCUCAAAGAUCUGGUGCACGACCCCUCCCUGCUGGGAGGCUUUAUUUCAGCCUAUAAGAUCGUGCCAGAUGAAAUUGAUGAGAUUAAGGAGACUCUGGUGGACUGGUGUGAUGAGAAAGAACUCAAUCUCAUCUUGACAACCGGGGGGACGAGUGUUUCCAGUUCAUCCUGCCCGCGCUGCCCCACGCCAUUGACCUGCUCCGGGAUGCCGUGGUCAAGGUGAAGGAGGCAGUGGACGAGCUGGAGGACCUCCCUUCGCCCCCGCCUCCCCUCUCACCACCCCCCAAUAGCUCGCCGCGGCGCCAGACGGAAGACAAGGGCGUGCAGUGCGAGGAGGAGGACGAUGAGAAGAAGGACAGCGGUGUGGCRUCCACUGAGGACUCCUCGUCCUCGCACAUCACCGCCGCCUCCAUCGCCGCCAAGAUCCCAGACAGCAUCAUCUCCAGGGGUGUCCAAGUCCUCCCUAGAGACACAGCCUCUCUAAGCACCACGCCCUCCGAGUCGCCCCGUGCCCAGGCCACCUCGCGCCUCUCCACCGCCUCCUGCCCCACGCCCAAAGCGCGGCUCCCCUCCUGUUCAUCCACCCUAAGCAUUGCUGAGGCCUCACGGAGAGAGUUCAGGGCUCACCUGGAUGAGGUCAUCACGCUCAAGUCAAGGUACUCUACCUUGGACCAGCUCCAGUGUAGGUUGGAGGGGCUUAAAGAUGAUCGCAGGAGCCAUAGGACCUUCAGCUCUCGAGUGCAGUCACGAUGCAGCAGCAAAGAAAAUAUCCUAAGAUCAAGCAUAGCUGUGUCGGCGUAUGCAAUUACGUUUCUGUUUGAUGGUCAGGGGUCGGCAGGAUAUGCCGGCACUAGAGACAGUCUGAAGGUGUACGAAGGAGCUUCGUCAGCUAAGGUGAACUGGGGCAAGAAGCAAGCUCUGUUAUACUCGCAAGGCAAGCUGGUGGAUUUUUUUCUGGUUUCGGCCAUCAUCUGGCUGAAGGCGGCAGUGUUGUACAUGAUCCGUGCACGAAGAGGACAGGGCUUGGGGGAACUGGAGAGCAGGGUGGCCUGCAUUCUGACUCAAGGCGCGUUCCCCCUCACCUCCAUGGACAAGGCCUUCAUCACUGUGCUAGAGAUGACCGCCAUCCUGGGUACUGAGAUCAUCAACUACAGAGAUGGGAUGGGUCGAGUCCUGGCUCAGGACGUUUAUGCCAAAGACAACCUGCCCCCGUUCCCCGCCUCUGUCAAGGAUGGUUAUGCUGUAAGAGGUAUGUAUUCAACUGGAGAUAGGUGUGUGGUGGGGGAGGAGGGGGCAUGGUCCUCUCUUUCUCUCUCCCUGCAGCCCACCCACACAGUGAUGCCAGGCCAGGUGAUGAGGGUGACGACGGGGGCUCCUAUCCCCUGUGGGGCGGAUGCUGUGGUGCAGGUGGAGGACACUGAGCUGCUCCGCGAGUCUGAGGACGGCACAGAGGAGCUGGAGGUGCGGAUCCUCGUCCAGGCCCGCCCAGGACAAGACAUCAGGCCCAUAGGUCAUGACAUCAAGCGUGGGGAAUGUGUCCUGUCCAAGGGAACUCACAUGGGCCCCUCUGAGAUUGGCUUGCUGGCCACCGUAGGGGUCACCGAGGUGGAGGUGCAGAAGUUCCCCGUGGUGGCUGUCAUGUCCACAGGCAACGAGCUGUUGAACCCAGAGGACGACCUCCAUCCAGGGAAGAUCAGGGAUAGUAACCGCUCCACACUGCUCGCUACCAUCCAGGAGCACGGAUAUCCCACCAUCAACCUGGGCAUCGUGGGAGACAACCCAGACGACCUCCUGAACGCCCUGAACGAGGGCAUCAGCCGUGCUGACGUCAUCAUCACCUCUGGAGGGGUGUCUAUGGGAGAGAAGGACUAUCUGAAACAGGUGCUGGAUAUUGAUCUGCAUGCUCAGAUCCACUUUGGACGAGUCUUCAUGAAACCAGGUCUCCCGACAACAUUCGCCACGUUGGACAUGGACGGUGCUCGCAAACUCAUCUUUGCCCUCCCAGGUAAUCCCGUGUCUGCUGUGGUGACAUGUAACCUCUUUGUUAUCCCCGCCUUAAGGAAGAUGCAGGGGAUCCUGGACCCACGGCCCACCAUCAUCAAAGCCAGGUUGUCAUGUGACGUAAAGUUGGAUCCUCGCCCUGAGUACCACCGCUGCAUUCUGACAUGGCACCACCAGGAGCCUCUGCCAUGGGCCCAGAGCACAGGUAACCAGGUGAGCAGCAGGCUGAUGAGCAUGCGCAGCGCCAAUGGUCUCCUGAUGCUACCUCCAAAAACAGAGCAAUAUGUGGAGCUGCACAAGGGAGAGGUGGUCGACGUCAUGGUCAUCGGCCGGCUAUGAUGUCAUCAAAGGGGGACGUUGAGAUGGCUUCAUAGAGAGAGAGGGUUCAAAUGGGUGUUUCACGGUGCAUGUCCACAUAUCAUUGACUAUUCUGUAAUAUGCAACGGCACAGCUAGUUUUUAUUGAUUUGGAUAACGUUGAGGUAUAGUCAACAUCUCGAUCACAAACCUAGGUACAUAUGAUACAAAAAAAUAUAAUUACUUUAAAAAGAUUAUAAUAGUAUUUCAGACAAAGAAAAAUAUAACUUUUAAAGAAAAAAAUCGAAUUAUCAAAAGAGAUUUAUUCUGUAAUAUAUUAUUAUGAUUAUUCCGUAUUAUUGUUAUCAUUAUUCUUCUUAUUAUCAUUAUUAUAUUAUAAGUCAACUUUAUUCCUUUCAUUGCAAUUGCUUUGUGUGUUCAAUGCUAGAUCUUAUCGAUAUCGGUAGCAUUUUAAUAGAGCUGUAGGUGCCUGCCAGGACAAAAAAAUAAAUAUAUAUAUAUAUAUUAUUUUCUCAUCUUUAGUGGGGGAAAAACGUUUUCUUUUUUUUUAAAUAUAAAGAAAAACAAUGAGGAAGACUCCAGAUUUCCCACGGUGCUCGGCUAAGAGGAAGGAGGGGAGGGCAUAAUCUAGGUCUAYUUCCUCUGUGGUGUGACGCUUUAACGGUGACGCCACACACUUCUAUUUUUCUCUCGUUAGUAUGCAUCAUAAUGGCUUCACAAAGAGCUUUGCUUGUUGUUUAUCUUGUGAGUCUUGUUUAUGUGCGCAGUGCCAAAUGCCUGGGCAGGGACGAUGGGAGGGAGAGGGGGCGGACAGUCACCCACCAACCUGCCCAGACCCUGAAGCUUCCUUAUUUAUCAUCUGACCAGGUGCAACUCUGCGCCCGACCCCCYUGGGGGCGUGGUCACCCGUGAAAAACAAAAACUUUUAUUUGAUCGACUAAGAGUAAGGGGGAAAAAAAACAUGAAAUAAAAGAAACAGCUUCUUUAAGUGCUGACAGCCUUUUUAACUGACUUCACAAAAAAAUGUACAGAUUAAAAAAAUGCGAAGAAGAUGAACCAUAUUGUACAGAUAUAUGUGACCAGCACUCCUAAGGAAAUUAUUAUUAUUAAGCAAUGAAGAGACAUUGAACAACGCUGUACUAUAAUACAUUUUCUGUAAUGAUAUGAAACUGAUGAAAGAGACUACGAUAAUAAAAAUCCUUGAUCGUUAUGUAAAAAAAGAAAAUUACAAAAAUUGUUGGGUUUCCUUUUUUCAAUAAAACCUAUUCAAAGAAAAAAAAAGUGUUCUUCU